AUGGCGUCUUCCGUGGCUAGCUCAGGCCCCGCAUCAUCAUUCAAUGACACGCACUGGGAUGUUCUGUUCAAGCUUCUGGAUGCCGUCGUUCCGCCCGUCGUUGUUGUUGCGGCAGACUCACCAGACAGUCAUUCGAGUGCCAUAACUAUCUCGGAAGCCGAGUUUGCCAAGCUGUACAAUGACUUGCAGUCGGAUGUGAAAGACCCCCCCAGCGUCGAGGCAUUCCGGGAAUAUCUCGCUGCCAGGGCCUCGCAGAAUGGUGAUUUCGUCAAGACCGUCAAGGACAUGAUCGACGGGCUGUCUCCGAGUGUGUGUGGCCAAUUGCGCUUCAUACUGGGGGCCAUGGGAUCGCGACUCGGAGGUUUAAUCUCCACCGGUUAUUUUGUUCCGUUUGACAAGCAGCCGGCCCACACUCGUGAAGCCAUCUUGCAGUCAUGGACCACCUCCUGGUUUUCCUUGUGGCCGAUGCUGGCAAGGACAUUCCUCAUCAUGGCCAAGGCCUGUUGGGCUCGUUCGACUCCGUUGUUGGAGGAAUUAACACAUUAUCAAAGUGCCAUUCAAAGCCCGAAAGUCCAAACAGGUUCCCCUCACAACUUUAAUUUCAUGCAAUUCAACGCAUCCGAGCCUGCUGUGGUAGAGACCGACGUUGUCAUUGUUGGAUCAGGGUGUGGUGGGGGCGUAUGCGCCAAAUUACUGGCCGAAGCUGGACAUCGAGUCCUCGUUGUUGACCGCGGGUACUACUUCCAGCCCGAGAGCCUUCCAAUGAAAGCGGCUCUUGUAGAUCAAGUGUUGCAGGCAGGCGGUGGGCUGACCACAGUAGAUGGAUCUACCAUGGUUAUUGCUGGCAGCUCAUGGGGAGGUGGCGGGUCUAUCAACUGGUCGGUCAGUCUCCAAACACCAGAUGAGAUCCGGCAAGAAUGGGCAAAGGAUGGCCUUCCAAUCUUCACCAGCACGGGAUAUCAAGAAUCCCUGGAUAGAGUGUGUGCUGUGAUGGGAGUCAACGACAAGCACAAUAAUUUCAAUUUUGCCAACAAGCUAAUCAAAGAAGGCGCAGAAAGCCUUGGGUGGAGAUUCAAAGUCUGUCCCCAGAACACAGCUGACCACGAAGAACAUUCUUGUGGUGCCAGUUGCGGCAUGGGCUGUCGGGAAGGGAAGAAGCAGGGCCCAGCCGUGUCUUGGCUGCCCCUUGCUGCAAAAUCUGGCGCAAGGUUUAUUGAAGGCUUUGACGUCUCAAAGAUCACCUUUGAUGACAGCAAUGGCCUCAAGAAAGCUACCGGGAUAGAGGGGACCUGGACCUCUCGCGACGCCUCGGGGACUCCAUUUUCACGGGAGGGGCGAACUAAGCAAUCUGUACAAAUCAAGGCAAAGAGAGUCAUUGUAGCGGGAGGCGCAGUCAACUCUCCGGUACUACUUCAAAAGAGUGGAUUGAAGAAUCCGAACAUCGGGAAACACCUGAAACUACAUCCAUGCGCAUGCUUCACGGCUGCAUUUAAAGAAGAGGUCAAGCCAUGGGAAGGCCCAAUUGCCACCGUGGUCCUCACAGAAUUUGACAAUGAGGACAAAAAGGGAUAUGGCCCUAGGGUCUAUAGUACAGCAAUGCAUACAUUGGUAGGCAUGCUUCAGCUCCCAUGGAAAAAUGGCACACAAUACAAGGUGGAUGCAUUAAAAUAUCCACAUCUCGUUGGAUAUGUUGCCAUCACUCGAGACUAUAGCUCUGGAAGCAUCACGCCAGAGCCCACAGACGGGAGCCCAGUCAUUAACUAUACACCAUCACCUGCCGACUGCAAGCACAUUCUUAUAGGGCUCAUCGCCACCGCUAAGCUGUGCUAUCUGAGAGGGGCAAUCGAGUUGGCUCCAGAUGUUGCUGGAGUCCCGCCAUUCAGAAGCCAGAUACCGGCUGCAGAACGGAGUCUGUCCGAUACCGAGUUUGUCCAAUGGCUGAAGCAGCUUGAGACUACAGGGGUCCAUCCAAGAGAUUCUAUGUUCCAGUCCGCUCACCAGAUGGGUUCAUGCCGCAUGGGGGCAACAGCUGAGGCGGGGGUCGUAGACCAGACUGGAAAGGCUUGGGAGGCUGAGAAUCUGUAUUUGGCAGAUUCGAGCAUCUUUCCUUCAGCUGGUGGUGUCAAUCCAAUGAUCACCACCAUGGCAAUUGCGGACCGCGUCGCUCACAGCGUGGCCGCUGGCUUGUAG